UAAUGGUACUCUCUUGCGAUGCAGGCUCUUCCAUGGAAGACGUGACCAUGGCAGCACCAGGAGGUCUCCGAUGGAUGGGCAUCUAUCCCUUUACAGAUCGCCAGCUCACAGAAUACACCAUCCGCAAAGCAGAGAAACUGGGAUUCAAGGCACUUGUUGUAACCGUUGAUUCACCUGUGCUAGGUAUAGUUGGCGCCGUGGCGGAACUAUUUGAACAGGACCAUGUGUUAAACCAUCCCUCCUAUCGCAUGCCUGUCUAUGAGGCAGACAUUCCAUCGGCUCGUGCUGCCAAACAGGAGAGCAUCAAAAACCACUUUGAGUACUUGAGGGAGAUGCAGUACAACCCGAAAGCCACUUGGGAAUACAUACGAUGGAUCAAGAAAGUCACUUCUUUGCCCGUUGUCUGCAAAGGCAUACUUACAGCUGAAUCUGCUUCAGAUGCUGCAAACGCAGGAGUGGAUGGGAUUCUUGUUUCAGCACACGGUGGAAGACAGCAGGAAAGCUCACCUGCUCCAAUCGAUGCAUUGGCCGAGGUAGUUGAGGCUGUACAUGGUCGAGGAGUUGAGGUCUACAUGGACGGAGGAGUCAGGACAGGAACUGAUGUCUUCAAGGCUCUUGGAAGGGGUGCAAGGGCCGUGUUCCUAGGCAGACCGAUCCUGUGGGGACUUGCUUGUCAGGGUCCUGAGGGGGUUACAAAUGUACUUCAGAUUCUUCGCGACCAACUUGACGCAAUCCUCGCUUUGGCUGGUUGUAUAUCCCCGAACGACAUCCCACCCGGAACUGUGGUUCAUGAAUCAUACUAUCAUAUGAACAGAGGGAUAUCGCAAUAACGCAGUAAAAUUGCAAAACCGUAGACAUAUAAAGUUUGAGUACUAUGUGAUAGCAUUUUGUAGAAGGUAUUUUAUAUAGUUGUUUAGAUAAGAUUUGGAAUCAUCAACAAAUAACGUAUUGACUCAUUCUUG